AUGGCGAGACUCAUCUUCCCAUUUCGAAUAUUCUUGGUUUUAGCUCUUAUGAUCUCAUUGAAGCCUGUCCUAAUUACUGCAAGAACUGAGAAAUCGACAGACUGUAUAACCAAUGGACAAGAAUUUAGUCAGAUUAGUCACCUGAGACGACUUCAAACUGAUCCUAAGAGAAGAACAAGGACAAGGAGGUUGAUGAACGUUGAUGAGAUUGACGAUUAUCCAGGAUCAGGUGCUAACAACCGCCACACUCCUAAACCUUACUGUCCUGACUGCUAA